CCUUGAUAGAGAAAUAGGAUACAUGAAUAAAAGGACUGCAUUAAAAUAGAGAAUGAAUAAGGAACAACAUGGCUACUGUCUCUCAAAUUAAGAGAUGUAAACAUAAAAAGAAUUACUCGACGUAUAUACAUGUAUCAGAUAAAAUAGUUCAGCAAGAUGAUAUUCUCGGGCAUUUUCCGUUAUUUUAUAUUAAUAUGAGCUACACAUUUAUUAUUACAUUGCUUGGAGCUUUAGGAAUCUAUGGAGAUUCAUUAGUUUAUUAUAAUAAAUUUUAGUAGCUUUGUUAUCUCAAUUUUUCCGAUUACAUUGGAAGUAGUUAUUGGCUUCCGUCUGAUUAGUUGGUCAAACUCAAUUCAACAUUGAACUAUAGAUAUUAAAUAUAUAAUGGCUGAAAGAAGAUAAUUUUGGAUUUACUCACUACAAUACUUAAAACAGAUACAAAUUGAUCUUUACUAUCUUUUUUUUUUGGAAUAUAGAGUAUAGGUGUUUUAAGAAAUAGAAGAAUAAACUGUUCAUUUUAUUUAUAAGCUGCUGGUUCUUUUCGAAUUAAUAAUCUGCGGAAGUUUAAAUAAUU